AGUAUCCUUGCUGUAGGUGUGUUGCCUUGUGCUCAGCAGCUGCCAUGCGAUAACACCCAAACUCAUGACUGUGAAUGCAAGGAAGGGCCUUUGAGUGCAUCCCGCUCACCGUUGCGUCCAAUGUUCUGAAGGAUCGACGGUCAGCCUAGCAGGCGCCCUUCAUUUCCACAGCUAGCCCCGAGCUUCAACACAACGACAUCCGCUCUGGCCGACCGACUUCAACGCGCAGCUCAUCAACCGACCUGCAUUCAGCAACAAAAGGAUCUUCCUGAUAGCCAGGUCCGCACUAAGCCACCAUGCCGUCGCGCUCCGAUGAGGCGUCGUCAAGUCGCCAGCAGUACGCGUCCACUUCCACCAUCUCUUCCCAAUCGCCUGGACGACGAGCGCUCAAGGUGGUGCUCAUCGGCUCAGCAGGCGUAGGUAAGACGGCUUUGAGGGACCACUGGCAUACCAACCGCUUCAACGCUUCUUACAGGGCGACCAUUGGCGCUGACUUUGUCACAAAGCAGAUCGACAGACCAGAUCCUCCGCCCAGAACGAGGCGGCCAAAGGGAGGCACCAUCAGCGUCGCUGUCUGGGAUACUGCAGGCCAGGAGCGGUUUCGCUCAUUGGGUAGAGCCUUUUACCGAGGUGCAGAUGCCGUCAUACUCGCUUACGACGUUACCCGUCCAGAGACGCUAUGCGAGACAAAGAUCUGGUGGGCGGAGUUCAAAAGCGCCAAUGGCUUCCACAGUAGAGCACCCGCCAAAGGCGCCAAAGGAGCUGGCAUGCACCAUCAGCGCGCCGAAGAUGAGGAGGCCCUGCAAACUUGGUUGAAGACGGUCACGCUGGUCGCUGUUGGAUGCAAAGCAGACCUGUUGAGCUUAGAAAGGGAAGCCGAUUCGACUGGUGGGGGACGCAAUAGGGCACCAAGCGAAGCGCAGAACUGGUUUGACGGAUUGCUGCGGCAGGAUUUGGAAGAGCCAAAAGAAGCAGGCUCAAACAGGAACCACGAGGAGCGCGAUACGUCAGAAGCUCAGCACGCAGCCGAGCCAUACGAUAUGUCUGAGAACAAUGUGACGCAAGCAGACAACAGCGAAGAUUAUGUUGCUGCAUCUUCAUCCUCUUCCGACAGCGGGCCGACCGCUCGACCGCCCCUGAGCACGCGCGGAAGUGAUCCAAGCGGAAGCCGUCCGAAUUCGACGACAACCAUACAUGCCGAGCCUACCAGCUUAGUUGGCGUCGAGCCUCAGCAGCCCAGCUCAAAGCAGCAGCUUAAUGAUGACAAGCCUGCAGACGCGCAGCUUCAUGCCAGACGGUCAAUCGCAUCGAUCAAUCUCGUUCACGCGGAGACGGAGCCCGAUCCCGAAAGACCUGCUCCGAAUGCCGGCAAUUCGCGCAUCGUGCACUCACCAGAGGCGGAAGUAGGAGAGCCAGAUGAGACGGCAGGCGAAGGCGAUGCGGCUGGCAACGCGGAAACUGUCGAAGCGAGCAGCACCACCGAGGCCGCCCGAAAUAUUCCGACCAAUCAGAAGCGCAAGAACGACACCUUGUCGAUCUCGACCUCCUACGGAAUCACACCGCCCGCCACUCGAACAGACGGUCAACGAGCGAAAGUUGCUCGCACGCCCACACGAGUCAGAGGCAGGUACGAUAGCGCGGCUAGCGUGGCCAGUACCAUCGCUGGCGGAGCUAGUCUGUACCACACGCCUAGAGGCAGCACGAUGUAUUCGUUCAAUUCGAGCUCCAGCGAGGAAAGUCGGCAGCGUGCUGAAGCAGUCGCGCGCACACCUCGUCCUGAACCCGAAGACCAAACCAAUGACAGCGGAGAUGGGGAGAAGACUCCUCGCGGUGAAGCUGAAGCAGCGCAAGGCAGCGAUCCAAGUGCGUUCGACGUGACCGCUUUGGAGAGAGCAUUGCAUCAGGCGCACAAUGAGCCAGGGCAAGGAGAUGAGGCGCAGCCCUCCGUGAGCGAAGAUGAAAACGGCUCUGCCUACUCACAGCAGAUCAGACCGGGCCAGCUGGAAGGCGAGCCGAUUCCCUUCCCAAGCACACCAUCUGCGGACCGAAUAGCUGACGUUAGGCGUGCUGCCAGGUCUCGCAAGGGAUCCAGCAACGCGGCACGGACCUCUGCGGCCCGAAGCAAGAGCAGAAUGGGCGGCGACAAAUCAAAUUUGCAGCCUCCAGCCUUGGAGUUGCCUGCUCGACCCACAACGCUGUACGAGGCACCGCCCGUUUCGGUAGGCUCUGGCUUUUUGCAUCGUGCCGCGGCCGAAUCGAGUGGCGCGUCAAACGCACAGGAUGCCGGCGCGCAUGGAGGUCUUUCUCUGGAUGAAGAAAGCGUGAGGAGCGAAUCUGACUAUGAUGCUGCUUGCGAGGAUGACGAGGAACCCAUGGCGCCCACGCAAGGCUUUGUCCUGCACCUCACAUCAGCAAAGACGGGGCAAGGCGUGUCUGGCGUGUUUGAAGAGCUCAUCGAGCGAGUGUCUCAGAGGUGGGAGGUGGAGGAGUGGGAAGAGAGACAGGCACAACACUUGAACGGAGGGUUCGGAGUGGAUGUGGAUGGCAAGACGAAGGAGAGGAACGUCAAGGGAAAGGGAUGGUGGAGGUUCGGCAGAGGACAGCAAAACGUAGAGUUGACGUGGGAGCAGAGGGAGGAGAUUCAGGUUCGCAGAGGCAUUCGGAUAGCUGCUGGCAAGGAACCGCGAAAUUGCUGCGGUACUUGAGUCGAAGGUUGUCAGAAUGCUGCGUAUCUGAAGGUGACACGAGUGGCGGUCUCGCCGUCGCCGCACGAUGCGAUCUUGCUUGCCAAUUGUGCAUCGUCUAAACGAAGCUGUUCGCCGAAGCUAUGCAAGAACGUUACAUUGUUGCUUGUGAUACCACAACAUCUUGAGUCAAUGCGACCAACGCUCUC